AUGAGCGUUAAGCGAUCGCCUUCUAAGUCGCACAAGGGGUCUACCUUUACUGGUUCACACACAGACGCGGAUUGUGAAGCUACCGACUCAAACUCGCAAAUUACUCAACGGAGGCGAAAACAACCUGACUCAGACAUUCUCAAAAGGGCUGACCUCGUCGACUUCAAAAAGGAAAUGAUGACCAUUUUGCAAGAUAUCAAAGAAUCUAACAGUGACUUCAUGCGUACUAUUAGAUCGGAAAUAACUGAGAUCAAAACACAAGUGAGUUCAGUGACUAAAACGUUGGAUAACAUUACUCAACAACAAAGUCAGUUUAGGCAUGAACUAACAGACCUUUCUCAAUCACUUAACUUUCAUACUAAAUCCUUUGAUGAUCUCCGAACGAAAACACAAGAAAUGUCCAAGGAAAUAACUCAGGUUAAAAGCCUAAGUAAGGAGGUCGAUAUCUAUAACCGUCGUAUAGCCAACUUGGAACGAGAUUUUAACAUUCANGAUCAUAUAUUAGCUGGCGUUCCGGAGAACAAUAAAGAGGACCUCGCUCAAUUAUUACUAUCCAUCUGCGAAAUAUUGGGCGUCCAGGCAUCGAAGGACGACAUCGUAAGCAUUCAUCGUGUUCCAAAGAAAUUACCCAACGCAAAAUCACCAAAAAAUAUUAUAGCAAAAAUGAGCAGCCAACUCAUUAAGGACAAAAUUAUAUCGGCUAUUCGAAGGAAGAAAGGUCUUACCACUAAUGAUCUGGGACUUACACCAUCUAGUGAUCCGAGGAGAAUAUACAUAAACGAGCAUUUAACUCCUUUCUUCAAAAUGAUUCAUACGAAAACUCGCGAGACUGCUGCAGGAGCUGCCUACCAACAUGUUUGGAUCCGAAAUGGGAAAAUAUUCGUUCGAAAAAACGACACAUCGCCUGCAAUAAAUAUUGUAGAUAUCAUGGACCUAGGAAAAAUUAAGUGA